GUGCUUGCAGAAGAGAAAGAUGAGUUCUUACUUGGCUCUUUUAGUACCAGUGUGCUGGGUGGUUCUUCAAUUGCAUGGCCACAUAGUUGUGGCAUGGUCACCUGACCCAACACAUGGUUUUAUCUCCCUCCCUCUCAGCAACUCCAACUUUCAUAUCCAGAAACCAUAUGACUUGCCUGUAAGCGAGCGAUAUAGUUUCAUCGAUGGUAUCCACAAGCUCUGGGUCCUGUCUACUGACAAGCCCCACUCCCGGACGAGCCACACUGCUCCUCGUACCGAGAUUCGGAUACAAGGUUAUGACUACUCUUCCGGAGUUUGGCAGUUUGAAGGGCAUGCUUAUAUCCCCAGUGGGACAUCCGGUGUGUGCAUCAUGCAAGUUUUUGGAGCGAACCGGACAGCUACAACUCUAAUGCUGAGAGUCUACAAUGGUGCACUCAUGUACUAUAGGUCACAGGUCAUAGUUGAUGAUAUCUAUGACAGAUGGUUCCGAGUUAAUGUGAUCCAUGAUCUCCGUGCCAAGCUGGUCCAGGUUUUCAUUGAUGGAGAGCUGAAGUUAGCUGUGAGUGACCGUGGAGGAGCCUCGCAUUACUUCAAAUGUGGUGUUUAUGCACAAAAUGAUAGCUCCUACUUCAUGGAAUCCCAAUGGAAGAAUAUCAAAGUCCUGAAGUUACCUGAUUGAACUAAGAGAGCAUGG